AUGCCUACGGUGAGAGAAAAUCGAUCGAAUCAAAUGGAACGUUUAACGACGUGCUCGAUAUGUUUGGAUAAAUUCCGUCUUCCUAAAGUCUUACCAUGUAUGCACACGUUUUGUUUAACUCCAUGUCUUACAAAUAUGAUCGAACCAAGAGCGCGUACAAUACGCUGUCCUGAAUGUCGCCGUGAACAUCCGAUUCCACCAGGUGGUGUUCAAGCUUUUCCAUCAAAUCUGACAAUGAUCGGAUUUCUUGAUUUACCACCACCAACAACGCUUACCGAUAUUCCUGACCGUUGUUUUAUUUGUAAAGAGCCGAAACAAACAUUGAUCGAAUGUAAUGACUGUUCGAAAUUUCUUUGUACAAAUUGUCGUGAUUCACAUUUACGUGAUGCAAUCUAUAACAUUAACUCAUCUGUUAGUCAGCUGCGCCGAUCUUUGCCGAAACUAAGCGAAAAACUUGCCUCGUAUGAACAACGUGUUCAUAAUGUUAAAGCAAAUCACGAUCAAAUUCGUCGAGAAAUCGUCCAAGCAAUAGGCGCAUUGAUAGAAGAAUUGAAGCACCGAGAAGCAGCAUUGUUAACUGAAACGGAAGUGUACAUGCAAUCUCAAUUGAGAACAUUUCGUUUACAACAGGAAACAGCCGAAGUGGAAUUAGCUAGUGUUGCAAGCUUUUGUGAUUCAGUUGGAGCAUCAAUUUCAAAUGGACGAUUGAUCAACGAUAAAGAUGUUGCAAAUAUGCGAGCACAAUGUGAUCGGUAUUCACAGCAGAUCGAAACUCUGCAAAGUCAAAUGCCCACGGAUGUGCAGAAGCUACGACUUGUGUUUGAUAAUCAAGUAAACAUGUCGUCUUCGAUACAAAAUUAUGGACAAUUGAUCGAUACGUCAACUGGCCAGCAUCAUCCAACAUUCUCUGCUGCAUCACAUCCGCAAACAUCAGCACACUAUGUGACAACAUCGAGAAAUUCAGCAGUUUCUCGAGGACGAUCUGUCAACGAUCAACAUCGACACAUGGACGGUUCUCAAACCAUCGGUUAUUCUUCUACACAGAAUUCACUUUCUGAUAGUAACUAUAAUUUACCGGUACCUGCUCGACGACGAUCAUCGUCAUCUAAUACUACCUCAAGAGAACAACAAUCAUCAGUUUCUGGUUUUAAUCCAUUUGCUAGUAACAAUGCACGGUCAACUCGACGAUCUUCAGUGACAGCGCCAGAACCAUCUCCGCGUCGUAGUUUUGUCACUAGUACCACAGCAGCACGGUCACUGGAAGGUGAUGAUCGACCGAUAUUUGGUGGUAGUGGUAGUGGCAAUGGUAGCGGAAAUGUUGCACAUAAUUUCGUUGGCAGAGGAAGAAGCCGGUUUCCUCCUAUGGGACCAAUUCAAGAACAAACGACUUUGAGUAAUAGUUUAGAACGGCACGAUACAUUUGUACUUGAAGAACCCAGCUUACCUAGUUUACCACAAUCUGGUGCUCAGCGACCCCGUGACACAGUUAUUGUUGAAGAGCUUUAUAACGUUCGACGUCGAAGGCGUGCUAAAACCCCGGUUGCCUUCACUGUUGAUCUCAACGGCACACGUCAACCAUCUGCUACAUAG